AUGGCUUCUUACCUCGUCGGUGCGCCGACUGGUGAUGCCACCCCUGAACUCAUCACCCGUCUACUUACGCCUAUCAAGUUCCAUGAAAUUGCUUGUAAUGAGAGUCAACAGCAAGACUGGGGUCGCUUCAUCGGCAUCGCACGAGAUAAUGUUGUUGAGAAGCGGGAAAAGAUACUAUUGCUGUGCGCUGUUGCUCGGUACUAG